AUGGCAAAAGAAGAUCAUUACAAGAUGCAAGUCUCGAGACUCCUUACGCCAGCUCCCUCAACAAACGAAGACGAAACGCUCGCCGACGCCAAGAAGCAGACAGUGCGACGGCAGUACAGCCGUGGCAGUGCCUUCUACUCAACGUCGGCGAGCGUUUCGUCAUCGUUUGUCGAAGGAGCCGGCCUGAAAAGAGUCUCUCACCGGCGUCGGGAAGCAGUAACGCGGCAGCGGAAUAGAGAGCAGCAACGUCUUCGCAGGCUUCUUAAAGUUCAGGAAGAAACAGUUCACAGCCGAAUCGAACGGCAAGAGAGGGCUUUCGAACGCCUGCAUGAACGCCUUCACCGUCAGAUGGAGCAUCAACGAGAGGAGAUCCGUAACAUACAAGCUGCGGCUCCGUUCGGUUCUGCGACGGACAAAUACCUUUUCGUGCGCGGUGAUGACAUGCGUCAAUUACCAGAAAAAUCAGUGCUCGACCUCAAAAUACGCUGA